GAUUGCCUCGCCGGCCUAUGCGCGCUGUGCCGGUUGAGAAGAUAAUAAAUGGCGACUUGCUGCCAGUGCAGGAUGGGAUGAACGAGUCUCUUGGACAAGUAUCUCUCUCUUGCAGUCAUUUGUUAAUAAGUUUAUCGGCCGGAAACUGCCGUACCCGUACAAUAUGAGGCACAUCCUCCCCACACUCGCUUUGGCGUCUCUGGCGGCGUCCGAGUACGUAUGGCCGUCACCUUACGAUGAGAUCGAGGACCUCCUCUCAUUGCAAGCCGGCUAUCUGCGCCGGGGCUUCAUUGACGGCACGAUGAACUGUGGUUUCGGCAACAGUAUUCAAGGCCGUCAGAACUCGGCCGAGUGGAUCCGGGCCGCUUUCCACGACAUGGCAACGCAUGAUGCCGACGCUGGUACCGGUGGCCUCGACGCCUCAAUCUUCUUCGAGCUGGACCGGCCCGAAAAUAUUGGUGGCGCAUUCAACAACACGUUCGCCUUCUUUGCCGGGUUCCACUCUGCCAGAGCAUCUGCCUCCGACCUGUUGGCUAUGAGUGCCAUCAUAGCCAGCUUCUCAUGCGGCGGAGCGAAGAUCCCGUUCCGCGCGGGACGUAUCGAUGCCCAGGAGGCCGGGCCCGCCGGCGUCCCUGAACCCAGUACGGACCUCAACACGACACAACAAGCUUUCACAAAGGCCGGCUUCUCCACCGAAGACAUGAUUACGAUGGUCGCAUGUGGUCACAGCCUUGGUGGCGUGCACAGCACUGACUUCCCUGAGAUCGUGGGUGUGGAGGCGGAUCCCAACAACGACACCGUUGCGCACUUUGAUGUCGAGUUUGCGGACUUUGACAAUGGCAUUGUGACCGAGUACCUCGACGGCUCAACCGACAACCCGCUGGUGGCCGGCACGAAUGAUACCCUGAACUCGGACAAGCGUAUUUUCGGCGCCGAUGGCAACGCGACUAUGACUAAGAUGGCGGAUCCAGCGACCUUCAAGACAAUGUGUGCGGACAUCUUCACGCGCAUGCUCGACACGGUGCCUGCCAGCGUGAAACUGACCGAGCCACUCGAGGCCACUGACAUCAAGCCCUACGUUGAAGGCCUGUCGCUCAACGCGGAUGGCAAGCUGGACUUCAACGGUCGCAUCCGCAUCCGCACAACCUCCGGAUCGGGUCGCGACCCUCAAGACCUGGCCGUGCAGCUCACUUAUGCGGACCGCAAGGGCAACACCAACGGCACAGCCGUCAUCCCCACCAAGAUGGCCACCUUCCAGGGCGGUGCCACCACGGGUCUGUGGGGCGAAACCUUCAAGUGGUUCGAGUUCACCACGACCCUCGACGCCGAUGCCGGUAUCAGCAAGUUCUUCAUCGAGGUGACGAAGCCCUCGACCAACAAGACGGUCACCUACGACAACGCGGGCACCGGAGGCUACCCCAUGAGCGACGCGCUGCUGUACCAGCAGGGGCAGUCCUGCCUCGACGUCAGCACCCAGACCGACGGCAAGUUCCCGCUCUCGGUCGUCGCCCUCGUCCGCAAGGACCAGGCGGCGGCGGCUUCUGCUGCUGACGGCCUGACGCUCGACCUCGUGCACAAGGUCGCCCGCCAGGGCGUCAUCGUGCCGCAGCUGGUGUCCAAGACGCUUGGCUUCGAGCCCACGGGCGAGGAGAGGGGCCAGUGGUCGGUCUACAAGGUGAGUGCGCAGCUUGAGGCGGAGAGCUGGAACACGAGCUUUGACAUCAAGCUGGCUGGGGACGAGGGUACCGAGGUCGCGUUCCAGAAGACGGGCGACUUGACUGGUAACACUUGCACGUAGUAGCCAUUUCCUUUAGAAUUGAAAUUUAAAGCAAAAUACCCUUCCUC